AUGGGAGCGUUGAAGAAGUAUUUUCUGGAGUAUCUGCCUGCGAAGUAUUCCAUUGCUGAUAUCCACGCCAGGAGUACAAUGAAAAUGCCUAAAUAUUCGCUAGGGAUCGGUGCACUAUUGCUCUCUGGCCUAUUUUUCAGAAGCAAAACAGGAGGAAGAGUGCUGAGCGAAAUGUACAAAAUUGGGUUUGCUGAUAAACUGCGCGGCGAAGAACUUCCUGAACAGGGCGAAAACAAGCUGCCCACUGUUCUUAUAGACAUUGAAGACAUUUUGCUGAGCAAAACAUGGUCAUUCGCAAUCCUCGGGUACGAGUACAAGAUAAGGCCAAACGCAGAAGCCUUUCUUUUCCAGCUCUCAAACGAGUACGAAAUUGUAGGAAUAUCAUCACUUCCGAACGAAAUGACGAACGAGAUCCUGCUGAAACUAGAUCCAUACGGGUGCAUAAAGUACAGAAUGCACGUACCCAACAGAGACAAGCUGAAUUUGAAAGCUUUGAACAGAAACCUGAACAGCUUAAUAAGAGUGCGAAGUAAAUCAGAGAGCGAAAACGAUCUGUCAGUUGAUAAAUGGGAUGGAUUCAAUACGUCCAAUGAUCUGAUGAGUCUACUAGACUUUCUACUAAACCUGAAGCAGAUCAGUCCAGAGGACUUCACAGGCACAAUACAGUCGUACAAAAACAAGCCAUUCACAAAAAAGUACGAAGAAGACAGAAAAACACUCUAUCCAUUAAAAAGGCAGUACAUUUUGUUUAAAAACCCAAACGCAGCUGAGGAAUACGCAGAAAGAAUAAACAGGAAGAGAAUAGAAGAGUACGAAGUGGCAAAGGAGUAUAUAGAAAAUCAGAUGAGAAUAGAUAAGAUAGGGAGUAAAAAUAAAUGA